UCAAUUAAUAAGCUAAAAACGUAUACCUAUUCGAAGCAAAGGUAGUCUACUUCUUUAUAUAUAUAUACACACACACACUCAUAGAGAUGCAUCAAGAUUCCACUUACACAUUCUAAAAAACUCUAGACUUUUAUCAAAACCAGAGAAAAUCAAGAAGAACAUAUGGCGAGAUCACCAUACUACGGUUCAUCAUACUUAGACUACCUCUCUCUCCCAAACCCACAUCUAUGUUUCUUCUUCAUGGUCGUCUUCUUCGUGUUCUCCUUCACGUGGUACUUGAACUACGAGUCCAUCCUCGAAGACACCAUGAAUAAUCUCAAGUUCUUCAUCAUCCUCUCCCCUCUCUUCCUCCUCCUCCUCGUCCACUUCUUCUCCGGGGGACUUUCCUUGUACGUCCCCUUGCCUGAACAAGACUCCAUCCACCAUGCCGGUUCUUCCCCUUGGGGCGUAGCAGCCGUGCUCGUGGUCAUCUUGUUCAUGGUCUCGUACCAGUCAGACAUCCAUGAGAUGUGGUUCCCCUUUGGGGCUAAGUAGAUCGAUCAACUUGAUUUUUCCUUAAAACGUAUUACCAGCUCUGUCUAGCUAGAUAUGGAGCAACCAUGUUAAAUAUCAAGUAGUAUAUAUGUACUUUUCUCGUUUGAUGAAGAUUUUAGUCCGGCAUGUUUGUAGGAGUGAAACUUUUGUCCGAAGAUAUCUAAAGUCAUAUCAGAGUGUCCAUAUAUGUAGAUGAAGUUGUUUUUGCUUGUAUUCGUAAAUAUCAUAUGGAAAAAUGAGAUGAAGAUGACUUGUUUUGAUGCAAUAGAAAGUUUAAUAGAUGGCUUGUUUUGAUGCAAUACGAAUAUUGCACCUAAUGUGUGUACAUUGACUUUGGACCACUACUGGUAGUAGUGGUUCUUCUUGUCCUCUUUUGACAAGUGGGAGUUGUUAUUGUCGUGAUUUUCACCUUUUUGUAAGGAAAUGGUCGGUCACAACGCCGUUAUAUAUUUUUUUUGUUGGAAUAUAAAAUGCUCCGUCACAAAAGAAUCUUGGAUACAGCAGAUUUGUUGCUUAUUUUUAUAAAGUUAUCGGAAACGUUGCAAUGUUUUGGUUAUAGAAAGAGUAACGUUGAAAGCAAUUGCUUACUAUUAUAAUACCUACAGGGUUAUCUU